AUGGCUACUUGUAUCAAAAGCAUGGCGGCCACCUGGGAGGCCGAUGCUACCGUGGAAUGCGUGGACAUCCUACGUGGAGCUAAGAUGGACCUCUCCAGGUCCAAAGUCCGACAAAGCUACCUGGACAGGAUCCAAGCCGGCGACUUUGACGCCAUCCUGCUAUCGCCGCCGUGCUCCUCAUUUUCGAGGGCCACAUUCGCUAACCACCGCGGUCCGAGACCGGUCCGUUGCUACCAAAGUCCCCGCGGCAUGGACACGCUGACUUCCCGCGAAAGAGAUAAAGCCAUCCUCGGGAACAUCUUCGCGGACUUCGCCUGGGAAGUGGCUACGCUGGUGGCAGAUGGUGCAGCUUCCUUCCUCGCCUUCGAACAGCCAGAGGACCUCGGCACCAUCGCUAAAGGACCACGAGCCGGAGAAAGACCGGCCUCCAUGUGGCAGUGGCCACAGCUACGCCAGCUUCUCGACAAGGGGUUGCGCACUGUGGCGUUUCACCAAGCUACUUUUGGCACACCUUACGCCAAGCCCACGCGACUUCUGCUCCGCACUCCGGUCUCGCUACCAGAGGGUGUGCUCGAAGGUCCGCCCACUUUUGACGCCGAAGGCUACUACGAGGGCCCGCUUCCCUCCGGCAAGCCCUUCGGAGGCAUGCUGCAGCGCAAAGCUACAGGCGGCUCCGAACAAUGGCCACCCCGCCUCUGCCAGUGGCUGGCGGCCGCGCUAGUUCACACCUGUCUGGCUUCUGCUACGACCAGACAGAGCCCGACCCGGGUGCCACAAAGGAUUUUCCCGCUGGAGGAGGCCUCUGCUCCCCAGGACGCUGGCAAGCGAGCGCUAGGCACCCAAGAUACCAAGGAGCUAGAGAGAGAGGCCUUUCGCAUGGCAGCUGGCGGUGAGCAGGGCUGUCGGCUGGCUAAAGAUGAG